GGUUGUAUCGAAACCCCGAGGAAAUGAAGGAAUGUAGCCAUAAGAUUAGUAAAAGAGGAGUUCAAUGCUGACCUGAUACGACUGUACCUAACCCCUGACCUUGUCACGGUUAAGCAUGCCCAGUGAGAACACGAACGGACAGCUACAUUGGAACCAACCAAGGCUACCAAACUUUGAGCGACUCGCUCAGAAUUACUAGUACAAUAUUCCUACAUCUCAGGAGCACGUUCAGGCUGAUGCAGAAGCUUGAAGGGGCUGGAGUUGCAUUAUCAAUCGAUUUCCAGUUCGCAGGACCAGUGCGAACUUGCGGGACACAAAACACAUGACGGCAGCAAGCACACUUGCUCCCAGAAAACAUUGGCCGCCAGGCUCGAUUCUUCUUUUGCGUUCUUUUCAGAAGAGGAAGCGUUGGACAAUGACGACACAACCCGCCAAGAGGAGAGACCACGCUAGCACGAAGCAGAUUCGAUCAUUCAUUCACCAAGUAGUAAAGACCCACCAUCUUUUAGUUAUUCUGUUUGUGAAGGAGCACCAUGACAGCCAAAGUGUCAUCACAGGAACAGAUUCAGAAGCAGAAGCGUCUGGCGGACCUCGAAGCCAAGGCGGUUGCGGAAGCCAAGGCGAGUGCCGAUGCAUCCUUCCGUCCUUCACCGAGUCUCCUCAAUGCCUCCUCGGCCGAGGCUCUCAUGUCUCAGGUGGAUGGACCCUCUCUGGGCACCUACGAAGGCAAGGAGUCGGUCUAUGUUGGCCGUGCGGUGCCAGUCGCAGCCGGGGGCAAGCUGGAAGUGCCAAUCCAAGUGACUUCUCCAGGAUCAGUCGUGGAGUACUUUAUCGAGAUCAAGACGUAUGACUUGGCCGUCAGUAUCACGGCCGAACGAGAUGAAGGUGUUACCAUUGUCAAGAAAACAUCACGAGUCGACUCUACUCAAUCUCCCUUGACACAAAAAUUCCUGGUUGGAACGGUACCUUGUUUGGUGAAUUUUAAAUUCGACAAUGAGUUUAGUUGGAUGCGGGAGAAGGUGCUCAGCUACAAAAUUACCGUGACCCCUCCGUCCAAGGAUUCUUUGGCAUCCGGUCGUCGUAGACGCGCCAAGGCGUGCAUUCAAGCCGUGGAGGACGAUAUGAAGAGCGCCGAACAACGUUUGGAAGCGGCCACGCAACAAAAGACUUCUCUGGCAAAGAAUAUUGAAAAAUUGAGCAAGGAAUUGGAAGAGAAAAAGAAGAGCCUACAGGGCUGCCAAAAGGAGGAAGAUUGGUUAAAGCAACGUGUAGCUCUUCGUAAGGACCAACAAAAGCUCUUGACAACCCGCCUCACGAAUGGAUGGCCAGAUGAAGGCAAAUAAAGGAACAAAGAGACGACAAAUGUGGUGCUGGAUGAAUCUUUUAUGUGUGCAUUGGAAGUGAUUGUAAAUCCUUGUACUAGAGUAGAAACUAAACAGUGAUAACGCACCAGAUGCAUUACAAUCCGCAAGAACACAAAAAUUGGGAUAGCUACAAUGCGUAUGGUUGGCCAGUCCUCGCAUUCUUCUAGAGAGAGAGAUCUGAACACCCGUCUGG